AUGGAGCUCACAGCAGGCUUCUCUUAAGAGUUAAGACCCAAAUCAUGAGAAAAUCCAUCAAAAUCCCACCUCAAUCCCAAUCUGCCCCUCCGCCCACCGCCGCCGUCGCCCCCUCCAAGAUCCAAUUCCGACCCCGCAAGAUCCGGAAGCUCAUCAACCCCCCGCUCGACCCCCUAAAACCAUCACCGCCUUCCCCUCUCACCAUUGCUCCCCGAAUCCUCAAACCCCUGUCUUCCGACGGCGAGAUCGAGCUCGCCCUCUGCCACCUCCGCCGCUCCGACCCUUUGCUCUCCGCCCUCAUCGACUCCCUCCAGCCUCCCACCUUCGCCUCCUCCGCCCGCCCUUUCCUCGCCCUCGCCAGAAGCAUCAUCUACCAGCAGCUAGCUACCAAGGCCGCCCAGACCAUUUACGCGCGCUUCCUCGCGCUCUUCGCCGGCGGUGAUGACGGCGUCUCGCCCGACUCGCUCCUCGCGCUCUCGCCCGAGCAGUUGCGGCAGGCUGGGGUCUCCGGCCGCAAGGCCGGGUAUCUCCACGACCUCGCCGAGAAUUACAGGAGCGGCGCGCUGUCCGACGAAUCGAUUCUCGAAAUGGAAGAAGAGGCGCUCUUGAGCGCGUUGACCAGGGUCAAGGGAAUCGGGGUCUGGUCUGUUCACAUGUUCAUGAUGUUUUCGCUCCACAGGCCUGACGUUCUGCCCGUGGGUGAUCUCGGAGUGAGGAAGGGCGUGCAGGCGAUGCACAAGCUCAAGGCGCUGCCUAAGCCGUUGCAGAUGGAGGGGCUCUGCGAGAAGUGGAGGCCGUACAGGUCCGUCGGGUCUUGGUACAUGUGGAGGCUCAUGGAGUCUAAGGCCGCAGCCGCAAAGGCAAUGCCGGCUUCGGCACGCCGGCCUGCUUCGGCGCAGAGUUGAUGAAGAUUGCUUGUUAACGUUGGCCAGCAUCGGUACUACUCAGCAUUCUCUGCAGUUUUCUGGUUCUUGCUGUCCUAUGUCGUGCCUCUGUUUCGAUUGAAGAUGCAGAGGUUUGACCUUUUAAAGAAAGUUGAUACCUUUGUCUUGUGGGUUCCUGGUUUUGAGAAAUUUGGACAUUUCCUGGUCCAGGAAUGUGUAUCACUUUGCAGUUUGCAUAAAGAUAAUUGAAUGAGACAAUUGCAGCACCAAUUU